AUCGGUUGGCAUCUCGCUAAACCAACUCUAAAAACAGAGAAAGAGCGCGAGCUCCCUUCUUGUUGGCUUUCGGAUUCUACCGUGAGCGACGGACCGAGUUUGGUUUGGUUUGGUGGCGAGUCGCGAGUGACCCAAAACCCAACAACCAGCAUUCGUUUGAACGACCUUGCUACGUCCUUCUCUUGACACUUGGACAGUGGCGUUACACUGCAGACGAAGAGAAAAUUUCUUUGCUGAACGACGUCCGGAUCGGAAGCGUCCCGUCCCGAGUUGUGUGUGGUGCGUUCCGGUGUCCCAGUCCAUCGGUAGGAAGUUUUUGAUCCGGGGUAUCCUGGAACGUCCGGUUCCUCGGUUUGUGACCUCAUUUUACCGCGGUAGACCUGGAUUGUCCGGAAUCAGGACGGGUGUCAGGAGUUCCACCGACCUCUGUUUGAGUGAAAUUUUUUUUGUGGGAAGCUGAAGGUGUUUCUUGGCUGUCUCGGUCUCGAUCUGGAUCCCUUCUCAGUGACGGCACAGAAGCAAUUCCUUCGACUAUUUAGAGUGUUAUGAAUAUACAGUAGAUGUGUGGGCAAAAAAUCGGGGCGAGAUACUACUAGAGUGUACUUACUAGAGUUGUGGAAUUGCUAGUUAUCAGUAAUAAUUUCGAGGAGCUGAAGUUAUGUUCCAAUUGUGCCAGUUAUUUGACCGUCCCGAAACCUCUGCCGCGCUGAAGGGAUAUUGACCGCGACACGACGUCAGGUUGUGCCGAUUUGUGUAUGGGGAUCGCAUGAAGACGGAAUACCUGAAGAAGAAGCAUCUUUAGCUUGAAGCAAACAGUUAACGAACGUCCCAAAGUGAUCAUAUUCGAGAAAAAGCGAAUUUUCGAAUGAAAAUCGACCGUCAAAAAAAAUUGGAAGCAAACCACAACCAUUGGAAAUCCAUUAGCAGCGUCAAUACCGACCAAACGAAAAUUGAUUCAAUAAAAAACAUUCGAGUAGAAUAUAGGAAAACAUCGUAACGGAACGAGCGAAAAUGCAAAAAUAUACCACAAAAAUAAACGACCAAGACGAGGACGACAAAAUUCGCCGAACACAACAAAGCCAGAACCUGCUAUUUAGUGGUCGAAGAUCACUGGACCAACGAGAGGACCCACCGGAACAGAAGAAAUUGAUCAUCUUCCUUGGUGCCCCCUGGGUACACAUCCUUCUUACCACCGUGACUGCAAUUGUUAUCGGAUUAUUCAUUGAGCUACGAUUCCAUGACGCCUGGUCCCUGUGCAUCUGGUGGUGGGUUAUCCUAAUCAGAAACUGUCUAUCUUCCAUGAGCACCCCGGGCGAUCCAGCCGCAUCCGGUGGUGGACCUGACAGACCGUGUGGAAUCACCUCGCUGCUACCGAUUGGUAUGUCGUGCCGGGGCCGCGCGGAAGCCUUUGCCCGUAGUCUACAAUCGCGGCUUCGAACGCUAGGAACACAGGGAAAUGCCGACGAGGAACUCCAGAUCACAGACCAGCUCAAUCAGGGCGAGAACACAUGGAUAUCACAGGAGGAAACGCCGGUAACCAGGCUGCAGCCGCUUCGGAUGGUGGCAAAUGAGGCCGAUUCGUUCUUCGACUUUGGAAUCGACAACGAAAGCCCCGGUUCUCCGGUCGAGGAAUGUGAGUACACCAGGUUGAUUGAAACGGCAACGGCAACACCGGCAGAGAUUGCAACGGAAUCGGGCUACGUCUGCGCUUCGCCUUGCUCGACACCACAGGUCAGUCAGGAGAACAGUCCCUCUAGCCAGAGUUCGUCAGACUGUCAGUUCUACGAUCCGGAGAGUUCAGAUCCGGAGCAGAAAUCGGUUAGUGGCUGUGAUUACUACGACUGUACAACUACCUCGGAUCCAUCGACGGCAUCCGCGUCUUUAUCGGCACGGACACACAAAUCUACCUCAGCGGAAGCAGAAGCAGAAUCAACAAACGUCGUGCGGCUUCAUAAAAAACAUCAAAACGGACACCUACCGAGCGGGAUUGCCGUCGUGGCGGUCGGAGACAGCGACAGUUGUUCCGAAUCUUUGCCUCCUUCACAGUCUACCGAAUCACGUGACUCCACCUACACAGGACUGAGUUCGAACAAUUCGAACAGCACAUUACAAGACGUCACCAUGGAAGGUGAUGAAGCAUCAGCGACUACGGGAGUCGAAACAACGAACAGUGAGUCGAAAGCACACGAUGAACCGGACAGCAGCGGUAAAGUAUUAUCGAACGGGCAUGCCGUCGCACCUCGGGGGACAGUCAUGAACGAAGAAUCACGGAUCGAGAAGUUCGAACUGAAUCAGACGUACAACAUCGAUGUGCUGAAGUUCAUCAAUGGCGAUGCGGAGGAAGAACCUGAGGAGGAAGACCUUAGCCCACAGGUCGAGCUGGCUGAGGUUGAGAAGAAACUACAAGACUGUGGGAUCACACAGGAAGACGAGACCAAACAGCAAGAUCACAAACGGGAAGGGUUGUCUUCGGGUGACGAAGACGAAGACUUCAGCAGACCACAACGAAUUCGAAGGUGUUCUUCGUUGAAAACGGGCAAGACACCUCCGGGUACACCGGGCCGGAAGAAAAUUGUUCGAUUUGCCGACGUUCUCGGCCUUGAUUUAGCAGAUGUUAAAACAUUCGUAGAUGAAGUUCCUAAGAUACCGAAGUCGGCAUACGAAGAUUUAGAAAUCAAUUUAGAACCCACCAUGCCGGUGCAGCAGAUCUGUUUGGGUCCGAAAGCUGACCGGGUGCUAGUGCCAUUGUUCCAGCAACCGGGGGCAUUGCCGUGCUUCCUGGAUCGAGUGCGUGACAAACAGGUCAACCUGGAGAACGCAGCCGUUACAGAUCCCGUCAACCUCACAAUCACCGGAACUGUUCGGGUGCGGAAUCUCGACUUCCACAAAUCUGUCUACGUUCGCUACACCACCGACAACUGGCGCAGCUUUUCCGAUCUUCAGGCUUCGUACGUGGAGAACUCCUGCGAUGGCUUCUCUGACAAGUUCACCUUCACCAUCUACGGCACUUCGGUUCAGAUAGGGCAGCGCAUCGAGAUGGCGAUACGCUUCCAUUGCCGAGGUCAGCAGUUCUGGGACAGCAACUACGACACCAACUACGUGUUUCAGUGUUUGCCAAUCUCUCAGCCCAACCACAUCGCCAACAUGGCGGUUAAGCCGGCCAACAUCGAAUCCCUGAUAAGUCCCGAUGAAGCAUGGUGCAAAAGCUUUUACUAAAAGGAAAACCUAACCGAGUCCCACAUUGCCCCGAAAACCUCGCUCCUUUGAGUCCUCGAAAACAAAAACAAAACCAGUUAACCAUCUUAAAAAAAACCAACCAAUUCUACCCCAACGAAUAGCAUUGGCCAACCAGUUUGUAAAGGAACGAAUGCUGGUCCAGUUUGCGAAUCCCCGCAACUGGAACCAUCGAUGUCUGGACACCUUAGCGCCUAUCACCGAUUUUAGUGUUUAGUAUUAUUUUAAGAUAAUUCCCUUCUGUCUAUUUAUUAGUGAUCUUCCCAAACCUUCCUCGUCUAUUCUUAUUUCUUUCUCCCCUCUUUGUGAACGUCCAAAAUUUAUCCAACGAUAUUCUUGUCUCAGUUGUUUCUGUCCCGCUAAGCUUUUACCAAAAACAAUUCUGUCCCUUUGAAACAAAAAAUUUGCAUGUAUGCAUCGAUCUACUACAGACGAGAGCUUUGUCGAGCAACAACAAAGGAAAAACUCCUAGCUAGACACACACAAACAAUCAAAAUGUAUGAAAAUUAUCGCAAAAAAUCUCUAAGAGAUUCUAGUAGUGGAAACGCAAAAAAAAAACUAGGAAACCCAAUUUUUAAAAAAAAUAAUUAGAUCUGACUAUUUCAAUUUCACCAGUUUGGCCAGAGACCAUUUUUAAAGGGGGUUGCUUUUAGGAAAUGAAUUCAAUUCUAACACUUUAAACAAUCACUAAAUUUCCGGCGAGUCAUUGACGCAGUGAGUAUCGCAAAUAAGAUUCAAUCGAUUGAUUGUUAAAGGAAGAAACAAAAGCAAAACGCUAGCAACUCACACAAUACCGCGUUUAUAUGAAUAGUUGAAACAAUUUGUAGAAUUUAUGUAUAGCAUCGUGAUUUUAGAAAGAGGGGAUCCAACAUCAACAAUGGAAACCGAUUCAAAAGAAAAAAUAAAACAAUUGUACAGAGAGAUUUGAGAGUGCUUCACAGUUCAGACUCAACAAAGCAAGACCUAGACGAGAGCUGUAGCCAUUCAUUGAUUGUUAAGUUUUCAGACCUGACCGAUGAGAGAAAAUCGAAGUUUCCCUGGCCGAAAAUUUAUGUUACCAGUAGCGCGAUUUCUCGAAAAGAAAGCAAAAAAAAAAACAAAUUUAAAAAAAAUACAAAUAAGCAUAAAGCAAUGAAACGAUACCUCCAUCUUAUUUUUCUGAUUUUUUGUUUAAGAAUGAAAAAAUCAGCAAAGAUAUACAGAAGAAGAAGAAUAA